UGAGAACAGCCAGAGAGGCCCAUAACCAAAACCAGAAGUAAAGGGCCCUCCCACUUCAAAUUCCUCAACUUUCUCUCUCUGCUCAGAGAAUUUUAUAGGGAGGAAGAAACACAGUGAGUGAGUGACUGAGGGAGUGACUCAGUAAGGGAAAAACCAAUCGACAAAGAAUUCCGAAACUGUAUCGUCUAAGGAAUCAAAUCAAUCAUAUUCCAACGCCUCUUACCUAUUUCUGUGCAUAUGAUCUUACGUAAAUAUAAACCCCCCUUCCCCUUCCUCGCACUCCCUGUUUGUAGGAGUCUGGGUCUGAUUCUUUCUCAUUAAUUGCUGCCGUAGAUCUUGAAAAACCAUUAUCCUAUAGCUUCGGCUUCUAGAUCUUUCAGCUGACGCUCCAGAUUUGCGUGGAUCAGGGAUCUUUCUCAGCUCGAUUCAGCUCAUUUCCUUUCCAGCGUACACAGAUACUUGGGAAUAUAGAGCCUGUGGUCUGACUUUUCAAAGGAUUCUUCUACACCAAUAGGUUGAGGAUUCUUUAGUGGGCUAUUAAAUACUAAUUCCAUAUGAAAAGAAUGUCAUGGGGAAUUGGAUACAAAUGUCAAGAUGGACGUUGCUUGAUAUGAAGUUGUGAUGCAUUUAAUCUAGAUGAAGACUGGCCAGGCGUGGCGUGUAGGCAUGGGUGAUAUGCAGGUCUUGCCUGGGCCUCGCCAUCGACCUCCCAUGAAGAGGCCUAUGUGGAUUAUUGUCUUGGUUUCAUUGGUCACAGUAUUUCUAAUAUGCGCUUAUAUGUAUCCACCCCAAAGCAGUGGUGCAUGUUAUGUGUUUUCUUCUAGGGGUUGUGAGGUUAUUUCAAAUUGGCUUCCACCUACUCCUGCACGCGAAUUUACUGAUGAAGAAAUUGCAUCUCGUGUUGUAAUAAGAGAUAUUUUGAAUGCACCUGCUGUUCAAUCUGAAAGUUCUAAAAUUGCCUUCAUGUUCUUGACUCGGGGGUCAUUGCCUUUUGAGAAGCUUUGGGACAAGUUUUUCUAUGGUCAUGAAGACAAAUUCUCUGUUUAUGUGCAUGCAUCUAAAGAAAAACCUGUACAUGUGAGCCGUCAUUUUGCUAAUCGGGACAUACACAGUGAUCAGUUGAUAAUGGUGCAGGUCAUAUGGGGGAAAAUCUCGAUGGUCGAUGCAGAGAGACGAUUAUUGGCAUACGCUCUCCAAGAUCCUGCUAACCAGCAUUUUGUUUUACUUUCUGAUAGUUGUGUUCCUUUGCACAAUUUUGACUAUAUCUACAACUAUCUGAUGCAUACGAAUAUCAGCUAUGUUGACUGCUUUCAGGAUCCUGGUCCACAUGGAAAUGGCCGGUAUUCAGAACACAUGUUGCCUGAAAUUGAGAAAAAAGACUUUAGAAAGGGUGCACAGUGGUUCUCAGUGAAAAGGCAGCAUGCUGUUAUAGUUAUGGCUGACUAUCUGUACUACUCUAAAUUCCGUGAUUACUGCAAGCCAGGUUUGGAGGGGCGUAAUUGCAUUGCCGAUGAACAUUACCUGCCAACCUUUUUCCAUAUUAUUGAUCCUGGUGGAAUUGCCAACUGGUCGAUCACACAUGUUGAUUGGUCAGAGAGAAAGUGGCACCCAAAAUCUUACAAGGCUCGGGAUAUUACCGAAGAGCUUCUGAAGAAUAUUACGUCAAUUGAUGUAAGCGUGCAUGUAACCAGUGAUGAGAAGAAGGAAGUGCAAAGAUGGCCUUGCUUAUGGAAUGGCGAACAACGGCCUUGCUACCUAUUCGCCAGGAAAUUUUACCCAGAGGCUCUGGAUAACUUAUUGCAUCUAUUCUCCAAUUAUACAGAAAUUUGAGCUAGAUAUUUUUGACUCUUUAAAUUCUUUUGGUCGAAUCGAUUGUUGCUUUCGAUCC